AUGCCUACAGGAGAGUCUCUGCACAAUGAUUGCAACCAGAUAUUAAUCCACUUCCCUGAUUUUGACAAGAAAAUCACUGGAAAGCUGUUUCCUCUGCCUCUUCUCUACAUUGGAAACCAUAUAAGUGGCUUAUCAAGCACAAGUAAAUUAAGCUCUGACCUCGCAUUCAACUUGGAAGACUAUGUCUUUUUUGUGUUCUUGAAUGAUGUCUUCACAGCAGCAAAUGGAGUUUAUACCAAAUAGAAAAUGGACCCGAAUGAGCUGUGGAACUAUGGAGUGCUUUUCUACAGUGCCUGCUUCAUGAUCUUCCCAACUGCUAUUAUUAGUGUUUCCGCUGGAGACUUUCAGCAGCUGAGCUGUCUCAUUGGGUUUCUGCUGAUGAACUCCACAGUUCUUUGCAGCUAUUCCAUCUCGGCUCUGACCACAGCAGUGGUUGGAGCUAUCAAGAAAGUAUUGGUUGCGUACAUUCGGAGGUUCAUUGAUGGAGACUACAAUUCCUCUCUCUUAAACUUUACAGGGUUAAGUAUUUGGUUUAUUGAAAAUAUGACAGAACAGAUUUAA